AGAAAUUUCCUCACAACUUUACCAACAGCGCCUCCAAAGUCCUCCAUAGCCACUGUUUUCGCCACCGCCGCCCCGCCUAGGGUUUUGGUGGUCUCUCAUCCGCAGAAAGCCGAUAGUCUCCAUCUUUCCGCCGCAAUACUGAGGUUCUUUUGUCAAUGGCUAAAACUUCAAAUUCUGGUGCCAAGAAGGGGGUUCGUAUCGUGGUAGCUGGCGACCGUGGAACUGGAAAGUCUAGUUUGAUUGUGACUGCCGCAGCUGACACUUUUCCUACCAAUGUUCCUCCCCUUUUGCCGCCAACGCGGCUGCCGGAGGAUUUCUACCCCGACCAAGUUCCCAUCACCAUAUUUGACACUAAGUAACUCCUUUUCAUAUUAGCUAUAAAUAAGUAGAACAUGUCCUGUGAUUGUGGGUGUCAUAUGUGUGUUUAGGGCCAUGAGAGAACUGAUCUUGCACUAACCCUGUUUAUUUUUUUUGUUACUUGAAUUUUUAGUUUCGUUAGAAGUUUUUGGAUUGGGAAAACUAAGCCAAGGCGAAGAAAGCUAGGAUAAUUAAGAACUAUUGAUUCUGUCUGUGCACGCACAAAAUAGCCUAUAAACGAAUAAAACAAUCUAGAAAUCAAGACUUAGAGCAAGUGCUUCUCAUCAGCCACCACUUACCAUUAAUUUGAUUCAUCCCAAAAUUCCUGAGUCAAUUGAGUCAAAUUAUUCAUUUGACAUUGAAAAGAAAACACAAAUGCAAUGAAUAACCUUAGGUACUUUUACAAAUUUCCUAUCUAUACUUUUGUUUCCAUUAGUUAAUAGAUAUGUUCUUGUGUAAAUUAUUAGUUUUUAAUAUCUGUUUGAUGUUCUAUUUGUUUUAUGGAUGAGUCAGCGCUGAGGAUAGAGCUAAGCUAGCGGAGGAGUUGAGGCGUGCUGAUGCAGUAGUUCUUACAUAUGCGUGUGAUCGACCUGAAACCCUUAACAGAUUGAGUACUUUCUGGCUUCCAGAACUUCGCCAGUUAGAGGUUUCUACCAUG